UGAGGCAGUAGAGAAUUCUCUUUCACUGGGUUCUGUUAUUAAAUUCUUCUUACUGUGUUCUGUUAUUAUAGUUUUUCAUUUCCUCCAUUAAGCUGUAAGAAUAGUUUUAUCUUCUUAUCCGUGGUAUCUGCAUUUCUUAAGCAGAGGGAGAUAGGAAUUUACAAAAAUGGGGCGAAUACCGUGCUGUGAGAAGGACACUGUCAAGAGAGGGCAAUGGACGCCUGAGGAAGACAACAAACUCUCUUCUUAUAUUGCUCAACAUGGUACCCGAAACUGGCGACUCAUCCCCAAGAAUGCAGGCCUCCAGAGAUGCGGGAAGAGUUGCAGGCUGAGGUGGACGAAUUACCUCUGUCCUGAUCUGAAGCAUGGGCAAUUCUCAGAUGCAGAAGAGCAAACCAUAGUCAAGCUUCACUCUGUUGUUGGAAACAGAUGGUCGCUGAUUGCCGCUCAGCUACCAGGCCGCACAGACAAUGAUGUGAAAAAUCACUGGAAUACCAAGCUGAAAAAGAAGCUUUCAGGGAUGGGUAUAGAUCCUGUCACCCACAAGCCCCUCUCCCACCUCAUGGCUGAGAUUGCCACCACUCUAGCCCCACCGCAGGUAGCCCAUCUUGCAGAAGCAGCCCUCGGUUUCUUCAAAGAUGAAAUGCUUCAUCUCCUAACUAAGAAGCGGAUCGAUUUUCAGCUCCUACAGUCUAAUCCAAUACCAGGAGACACAACAGCCCCUUGUACCACAGCUAAACCUGGGGGAAGGGACGAUACUAUUGAGAAAAUCAAGUUUGGUUUAUCCAGGGUCAUACUGGAACCAGAAAUGCUACUCUCAAAGAAGCCUUGGGACACUAAUGGUGUCACAUCUGAAAAUUUUGCAGGGCCCUGCAGCGCUUUCCCAGGAACCAUUACUGGAUACCAAUGUAGUCCAUCUUUCGGCAAUGAAGGAGCUGGAUCCUCAUGGAACCAGAGUAUGUGCACCGUAAGCACAUGCACAGCAGGGGAUCAACAGGGCAGAUUGCAUGGGAAGCUUGAGGAUGAAAAUGGAGAGGAGUCUAGGGGUGGAAAAGAUAUUAGGAAUGGGUCCAGCAUAUUUAAUACAGAUUGUGUCUUAUGGGACUUACCAUCUGAUGAUCUUAUGGACCCCAUAGUCUAAGAAAAGAUUACAAAAACUAUGCAA